AUGCAAAGACACGGUAGUUACCAGUAUGCCACAGCGGCACCCACCACCACAAGAUACUCAGGCACAUCUUCAGCCUUCUCAGCAUCCGCAAACCCCAACGAAGACUGGACCAAGAUAUCAGACCUUGCAGAGCGUCGCAGAAUACAGAACCGUAUUGCCCAACGCAAUUAUCGUAAGAAGCUCAAGAAGAGGCUCGAAGAUCUCGAGCGCCGUGCUGCCUCCAGCUCAGCUUCACCGGAACCAAAGCCCGCCAAGCUGCAGCCACCACAAAGAUCGCCUCGCCAGGGACUCCCCUCACCACCGCCUUCGGAAGCUUCGUACAGCACCCCGACAGCUGAAGAUCGCAUGUUCUCGCAUCAGUACACACGGCAGUUGUCCACAAGUCCGCCUCCGUUUUCUGUUGCAUCCUACUCGUCGGGAUGCCCACCUUCAGAUGCAGUCGCAUACUCAAUGCCGUACACUGCUGCGUCGCCCUACCACACGAUAUCUUCUACCAUUCUGCCAGAGAUGACCACCUACGCCUAUCUCCCACCAGUCUCGGCGACCUACACACUGCCCAGCCUGAUGCCCAGCCUGAAGAGCGACUACUACGCUGAGGAGGAUCUCAGCCCAUUUGGCGUCGGAUAUGCAGCGAUUGGUGGGAUGGACAUCCCGCCUCCACAUGGCUACGCAGACUCGCACCCUCAUGUAAGGCUCCCCAUCCGACAGCCAUACUAUGCAUGAAGUUCCAGCUCUUCUCUGCGAUGAGCCCCCGCUGACCGAUGGCGGCAGACACCCCCACUCGAGCAUUCGGAAUUCGGCUUCCCGACAACACCAAAUUCGAUGCCACCGACACCUCCUCACUACCCCAUGCAUACCAUGUGAGGGGCUUGUUACUACUGUCGCAUGUUGUUUGUUGUACCAUCUCCUUCUUCGAGACCUAUGUCUCUAGGCGUUUCUCGUAUUCUUGUUUUCUGUCUGCACAGCGUUUCAGCGAUUGGUCGUUUGGAUAGGUCCCUCGUUUGACCAUGAAUGAUGGGGAUUUGCUGCAUGUUUGGUUUUCCAAGAGGCCGUUGGAUCAAUGCUGCCACGACAG